AUGCGCCUCCGCCUCGGCGCCCACUUCAACCGCCACCCCGCCCUCCACGGCCGCAUCCACGCCAGCUUCUCAUUCGGGCAGCGACCACGCCCUGCAUUCGGCGGUGGGAGGGGCACCAUGGGAGGAGGAGGUAUCUACCAACAUCUGCAUAAUACCCCUGCGCAAGGACAUAGUAUUAAUGCGUGGAUGAACCACGCUUCUGCGCAUGGGGCGCCGGGGUCGAAUCUGGGGCGUGGGAGUGUGGGGGGAUUUGGAGGGAGAAGGUCUAUGGGUGGGUUUGGGGGAUAUGGAGGGAUGGGAGGGAUGGGGAUGGGUGGGUAUGGAGGCUAUGGAGGGAUGGGAGGAAUGAGCCAGUUUGGGGGCAUGGGUGGUUAUGGAGGCUAUGGAGGGAUGGGAGGGAUGAGUCAGCUGGGAGGGAUGGGGAUGGGUGGCUAUGGAGGUUAUGGAGGAAUGGGUGGGAUGAGUCAGUUUGGAGGGUAUGGAGGGUAUGGAGGAAUGGGAGGGUACAGCCGGUACGGAGGAGGACUCGGAGGGCUCGGUGGCUUUGGCGGAGGGAUGGGCAUGGGCUACGGAGGUUAUGGUGCAGGAGUCAAUGGGCGAGUGGGUUAUCGAACUUUGUAG